AUGGAUGCUCUUGCUGGCAGCCCCCUUGGCUGGCUCUGCGUGGGCAUCACCACACUUUUUGGGGUGACUCUGCUCUGCAUGGCCAAGAGGAGCCUGGCAAAAAAAGCAAACAUGCUGGUGUGGAGCCUCCUGCCCACCUUGCUGGGGCUGCUGUCUGGGGCUGGGCUGGGGGCUGGAGGGGGGCUGGUGGUGUUCUGCAUUGUGUGCCUUGGCACCUGGGUGUACCUGGGUGGCAGGGCACUGCUGCCCGUGGGGGACAAAGCUGUGCUCAUCACAGGAAGUGACACUGGGAUUGGACACGCACUGGCUAAAUACCUGGACAGCUUGGGGUUUGUGGUGUUUGCUGGGGUUUUGAAUAAGGAUGGACCUGGAGCUGAGGAGCUGAGACAAACCUGUUCUCAGAGACUGUCUCUUCUGCAGCUGGAUAUAACCAAUGCCACCCAAGUCAAGGAAGCCUAUCUAAAAGUCUCAGAGAAGUUGAAAAAUAAAGGGCUCUGGGGAGUCGUGAACAACGCAGGAAUCCUGGGCUUCCCUGCAGAUGGUGAGCUGCUCCCCAUGAGCACAUACAGGCAGUGCAUGGAGGUGAAUUUCUUUGGGGCUGUAGAGGUGUCCAAAACCUUCUUACCUUUACUACGGAAAUCCCAGGGGAGGUUGGUGAACAUGUCCAGCAUGGCAGGAGGCAUUCCACUACCAAGGUAUGCUGCAUACGGUGCAUCCAAAGCAGCUCUGUCCAUGUUUUCUGGAGUAAUGAGGCAAGAGCUUUCCAAAUGGGGAAUUAAAGUUGCUGCAAUUCAUCCGUCAGGCUUCCGAACAGGUAUUCAAGGCACACCUGACCUGUGGGAUAAACAAGAAAAGGAGCUGAUGGAGAACCUCCCAGCAGACACAAGGCAAGAGUAUGGUGAGGACUACCUGCUGGGGCUGAAGAGCUACCUCCUGCACAUGCCUGAGUACUGUGCUGCUGACCUCUCCCCUGUGCUGAGUGCCAUCCUGCACGCUCUGCUGGCCAAGAGACCACAUGGUAUCUACACCCCUGGCAAAGGGGCUUACAUCCCCCUCUGCAUCUUCUGCUGCUUUCCUCUCUGGUUCUAUGACUUUUUCGUUAGUAAGAUGCUGAGCUCUGACUCUGUCCCAAGGGCACUGAGGACAUCAGAAGCUGAGAGCAAAAAUCUCUGA